AUGCAGUGGCUGGUGUUUGCAUUUUGUUUGACGUUCGCGGUGAUCCGAGCCGACGAUUCGGCCCCGCGAAUAAACGACGGCGUCGACGCGCCUUGGGGCAUGUUCCCGUCGGCCGUGUCGAUCAACACGACGUUCCGGCACUGCGGCGGCGACAUCGUGGAUCGCCAGCAUGUCCUGACGGCGGCCCAGUGUGUUUUCGGCGACAACCGGCGCUUGAUCGAUCCUUACUGGAUCACGAUCGUGGCAGGUGACAUUAAUCUCGGCGGGGUCAGUCACCACCGGCAGACGCGCAAGGUGGUCGCGAUCUUCCCGCAUCCCGAGUUCAACAUCCAGACGCUCGAGAACGAUCUGGCGGUGCUGCGCGUCGACCGUCCGUACGAACUGCCCUCCAGCACACUGAACGUGGCCAACCGAACCCGGCGCGUUGUAACGUAUAUUGUAGACUGUUACUUGGCCGGAUGGGGCGUCUCGCUCGUCGGUGGGUUCGUUCCGGACUACGUGCAGCAGCGCUUCAUACAGACGCCGCCGAUGGACCAUGACAUCUGCAACCAGUUUUACUUCCACGCGGGCCGCGUCCUGGAGAACAUGCUGUGUGCGACCAUCUCGGGGUCGUGCACCGCGAACGUUGGCACCGGCCUGUACUGCGACCGGGUACUCGUUGGCAUCCUGAGCUACGGCACCAACUGCAACGUUCCUCACAAUCUGCCCGUCUUCACGCAGAUCCUCUUCAACAACCCGUGGAUCGAGCAGCAGUUCACUGAGACCGAGGGUCGUCCCUUUGGCUGGUCGCCGGGACAGCUUUAG